AUGGACACGUGCGCCAUGUACGUUGACCAGAACCCUGACCAGGGGGCGUAUCACCUGGGGCGUGCGGUCGAGGAGAGCCGCUUUGGCCCAUAUAUGGUUGGCCAGUCCUACAACACCGCGGAGGAGCUGAAGGCUUUUCUGCGUAGGAUCGAUCUUGAUUCCAACCGGCAGAAGAAGAGCGAGCCCGCUGCUGCCGCUGGAGGGAAUGGAGGCGGUGGUCGAGCCCGCAACAACAACAACGACAAGGACAAGGACAAGCAGCCGGAGCGCAGCCUCCCUAGCAGCAUGAACUAUGGCAUGACCAAGGCCUAUGACUGGUCCAAGAUCGGCCAAUCGUACAAGCCCAUGACGCAGUCCGGAUGGACCGCCUGUCUAAGACGAAUGGAUGCUUCGCAUGCAAGACGGAGGGACACAACCGUGGCAGCUCUGACUGCCCGCUCUUCAAGCACCGCACGGAGCGCGGCAACAACAACACUUAGCAGAACGCCUCGAACACAAUGUGGUCAGUGA